AAUACGAGCACGACCGGGAUAAGAGGCUUCGUGCGACUUUUCAAGACUGUUCAAAAGUGCAUGUACGUGCUUGCUACGUAUUAUAUUACGCGUAUACGUCUAUUCGCUAGUGUGUGAAUAGUAGCAGCAUCCGGUGAAUUAGCGCUUUGUGUUUUAGUAAGGUUUGAGAACUUAGUUUACAAUCUCGACCUCCGUAUUCUUGAUGGCGAGUAUUUAUUGUCACAAUAUUAAUAAAAAAACUUGCCUUUUGAUACAAACAUAGUGAAGCUUGUGACUAUACAACGAAUGCGGACUUUGAGAUUUUGUGUUGACGGACACGGAUAUCUUACUGGAGGAUUCAGUUUGGGCUAAGCGGAGUCGGCUUGAAGAUCUGUAGCUGAAUGUAACUGGAUCUGUGCCUAUGAUAUCUUGCAUUUUCAAAUUCUAUUACAAAUAAGAAAAGUAAAAAAAGAUAAAAAAGAGAAAAGAAGAGAAUUGUAAAGAAGAGAAAGUGCAUCAUAAGUGCUGAAGAGACAGGAUAUUGAGGAAAUUGAAGGCUAAGGAGGCUACACAUUAGACGUAUGGACGUGGAGCGAAGCAGUUGGAAAUUCAUAUACCUGGACAGAGCUGGAUGUGUUGAUCUAGUGGAGCUUAUGAACACACGACGAGUGCGGGCCUUGGGAUUUUGUGUCGACGGAUACGGCUGUCUUACCGGAGGAUUCAGUUUGGGCUAAGCAGAUUCGGCUUGAAGACCUGUAGCUGAACAUGACUGGAUCUAAGUCUAUGAUAUUUUGAUCUAGUGAAGAUCGCGAUCGCACGAAUACGGGCCUCGGGAUGCUGUGUCGACGGACGCGAUUGCUGUAUUUUUUAUUGCAGAUCUGCAGCGGAAUGUGACUGGAUUUGAAUAUACGAUAUUUUGAUAAAGCGUCCGCCAAUAGGCUAGCUGCUAUGGGAAUGCGUCUGAUUGGCUACCGCGUCGCGACCUCCUGCGGCGCGGCAAGCGCUCCCGCGUAACAGCACGCGCAUCUUCCAUCUUUUUGCUCCGAGCCGCCACCAUUGACGCAUCGAUCGAAGCAUCCCUUCGCAUUUUACGCGCCUUUUGUCUGCCGAAACUGAGUCUCGUGCGGAAACAAAUGUCAGGAGUGUCUAGGAUAGCGAUGUGCGAUCACGUAGACAUAUCAUCUAGUGGAGCUUGUGAACACACGACGAGUGCGGGCCUUGAGAUUUUGUGUCAACGGACACGGGUUACCGGAGGAUUCAGCUUGGGUUAAGCAGAGUCGGCUCGAAGCUGAACGUGACUAGAUUUGAGUCUAUGAUGUCUUGCGCGAGCAAGUGGAUUUCAUCGACACGGUGCUCGCUUCCCUCGACUCCCGACCGCGACGUCUAUCUUCUUACUCUCUGGCUGACCUGUCGAUCUUUCGGAGCUUCCGAUGCUUUGCCUGACAUGAUCCAGCGAAGUUUGCGGCCACAACGAUGAGUGUGUGUUUCGGGAAGCGGUAUCGACGGACGCGUAUGGCGUACCGGAGGAUCCGGUUCGGGCCCCGCAGAGUCAGUUCGAAGAUUCGCAAAGGAACGUGACUGACUCUGUCUACAACAUUUUGGUCUCGUUCUAAACCCGGAGGAAGGAGCAGGAAGGUUCCGACCAGAGAGAGGGAAUAGCGACGGGGAGGAAAAGGGGCGCAGCUUUCUCAGCAGCGGCAACGGCAGCAGGGCGGACCUAACCACAUUCAGAGUCUGAAUAGCGACACAGGUGCGUACCCAGAAACGUCCCAAGGAGGGAUGUUCGAAGUGUCCGAGCAGUAGCGACCACCGCACGUGGCACGCUGCGACGGUGGUGUUAAGUGCGCAGUGAUCACGGGUGACCGAGGGAAGACGGGAGAGAAGGUGGUCAAUAUGACUCCGCUCUUCCUCGUCCUGUUGCUGGCGAUUGACCCGAUUAUCGCACAGGAUAGCGGAAACAUCAGCGACUCGCAAUACAUCACGUACAUGACAAAUCCGCCGACGAUCCUGGUGAGGCCACAGUCGCAGCAGGUGAAGGCAGGCGGAAUUGCGAGCUUCUACUGCACUGCGGAAGGCGCGCCACCGCCCCAGAUACACUGGCGGAAGAACGGCAAGAAAAUUUCACAAUCCCAAUCCCGGUACGUGGUGCACCCGUAUGAAAAUGGUGCUUUACUACGGAUCGAACCUGUCAAGGUGCAACGCGACAAUACCAACUACGAGUGCCUAGCUGAGAACGGAGUCGGCGACGCGGUUUCGGCCGAGGCCACACUCACCGCUUACGAAGUGGAGCAUCUACCGACCGGUUUCCCGAUGAUCACUCAAGCGCCCACGACGAAGGUGGUCGAGAAGGGUCACAACGCGGUCCUUCUCUGCACCGCGAUUGGAUCCCCGCCGCCCAUCAUCUUUUGGGUGCGAGAUAUGCUGCCUAUCGAUACGUCGAAUCCACGAUACACGGUCCUGGAUUCCGGUGCCUUGCAGAUUACCGAAUCCGAUGUAACCGAUCAGGGAAAGUACGAAUGCGUCGCUAAUAACACCGUAGGCACGGAGUACUCCAAGUCGAUCACAUUAUACGUCAAACAACGUCGCGUUUCACCGACUUUCUCGAUUCCUCCACCGCCGCUGAGCGAAGUAAUGCUUGGCGCAUCAUUGAAUCUCACGUGCGUCGCCGUGGGGGCGCCAAUGCCCUUCGUCAAGUGGAGGAAGGACCCCGCAACCGAUCUGACGCCAGACGACAACUUACCGGUUGGCAAAAACGUCCUGACGUUGACCGACAUUCAAGAGUCGGCAAAUUACACGUGCACGGCUGCCAGUGAUCUCGGCAUAAUCGAUGCCACCACCAUGGUGAAAGUUCAAUCUCUUCCCGGCCCGCCAGAGAAUGUUCAAGUGUCGGACAUCACGGCGACGUCGGUGAAGCUGAGCUGGUCGUACAAAGGACCGGAUGAGCUGCAGUACUACGUAAUUCAGCAUAAACCGAAGCACGUGAACCAGGCAUUCGCCGAGAUAUCCGGUAUCACGACGAUGUAUUACCAUGUUAGGAGUCUCAGCCCGUACACGGAGUACGAGCUCUAUGUGAUAGCCGUGAACAGCAUCGGGCGUGGUCCCCCAAGUGCCCCGGUGAUAGUCACCACUGGUGAAACAACGGAAUCGACGAAUGGAGGUGCCAAACCCGGUACAGCGCCGCGGAAAGUUCAGGUACGGCCACUGAGUUCCAGCACGAUGGUUAUACAGUGGGACGAACCGGAAACUCCGAAUGGUCAAGUGACGGGAUACAAAGUGUACUAUACGACGGACUCGAAUCAGCCGAUGGCGUCAUGGCAGUACCAAAUGGUGGACAACAGCCAGCUGACAACGAUCUCAGAGCUGACACCACACACGAUUUAUACCAUAAGAGUCCAGGCGCUCACAAGCGUCGGUCCCGGGCCGCUCAGUCUACCGGUGCAAAUUAAAACGCAGCAAGGGGUACCGAGUCAGCCCGAAAUGCUAACGGCGGUCCACAUCGGGGAGACCAAAGUAACGCUCCAAUGGAGCAAGCCCGCUCAUAGCGCCGAGAACAUUCUCAGCUAUGAGCUGUAUUGGAACGACACUUACGCGAAGGAGAAGCACCAUCGCAGAAUAGCGGUCACUGAAAACUACACUCUGACCAACUUAUAUCCGAACACCUUGUACUACGUGUGGCUGGCCGCGAGGAGCCAAAGGGGAGAGGGUGCCACGACGAUACCGUACCCGGUUCGCACCAAACAGUACGUCCCCGGGGCUCCGCCUCGCAAUGUAACCGGACAAGCGAUCAGCCCAACAUCCAUAUUGGUAAAGUGGGAACCGCCUGUCGCUGAACGCCCCAACGGGAGGAUCGCCUACUACAAGCUGCAAGUCGUCGAGAGCGGUCGCUCCGAUUCCGAGGCGAAGAUUAUCAAACUGAAUGACACGCGUUUCGUAUUGGACGAGCUCAAAAAGUGGACCGAGUAUCGGAUCUGGGUACUGGCCGGGACCAGAGUAGGUGACGGGCCCCCGAGUUAUCCUAUCUCGGUCAGAACUCACGAGGACGCUGAAAAAAUGCCGGGGGAUCCUCAAAACGUCACAGCCACUGCGAUCAACUCGACGGCAAUACGGGUCCAGUGGAACCCGCCGAAAGAGAAAGAUCAGAACGGCGUUAUACGUGGCUACCACAUACACGUGCAGGAAGUGAGAGAGGAGGGGAAAGACCUACUGAACGAACCGAUACGUCGAGAUGUACACGAGGACGGCGUGCUUGAGGUGAAUAUCACUGGAUUGCAACCCGACACGAGAUACUCGGUGCAGGUAGCGGCUCUAACGAGAAAAGGAGAUGGAGAUCGUUCGGUACCGGUUCAUAUUAAGACACCGGGCGGUGUGCCGAACAGACCGCAGGUCAAUGUGAAAGUCCUCAGUAGGGGUCCCGACGUUUUAGAACUCGAGUGGGCAACACCUACUCAAACUUACGGUAGCCUGCUGGGAUACCGUAUCCGCUAUGGUAUAAAGAACCAAACGCUAAAGGAGCAAUUCAUUGAUAACAUGAAUCAGCACACGUACAAGAUUACAGAUCUUGGUGAACAAGGCGUGGACUAUGAGUUCAGGGUGGCGGGCAAAAACAGCAUCGGUUACGGCCAGGAAACCGUACGAUACUGGUUCAGUCCGGAGGGCGAGCCAACCGGACCACCGACGAAUCUGUCGUAUUUCUUUCAAACUCCCGACACCGUGUGCGUCACCUGGGAUAAACCGCAACGACAGCACAGAAACGGACAGAUAAUCGGCUACGAUGUGCAAUUCAACAAGAAGAACGAUCACUCUACCACCAUCGACAGAAACACGACCAAGACCAGGGCGGUGUUUACCAAUCUCGAGGAGAACACAGAGUACGUGUUUCACGUACGAGCGCACACGUCACAGGGUAGCGGUCCAUAUUCCGAAAAGAUUACGAUAAUUACGGAAAAGGACAUCGGCAGGGCGCCAAUGUCCGUGAGAGCCGUGGCGACGUCGGACUCUAGCGUGGAAGUGUGGUGGGAACCGGUGCCUAAUCGAGGCAAGAUCGUCGGCUACCAGAUCUUCUAUACAACGACCGCCGUUGAGGACCUGGAUGAGUGGAAGCAGAAGAUCGUCGGUCUGACGGAAUCGGCAGAUCUAAUCAAUUUGGAGAAGUUCACGCAAUACGCUAUAACGGUGGCGGCACGUUACAAGACUGGCCUAGGGAGACUCAGCGAAAAGGUUACGGUGAAGGUAAAGCCGGAGGACGUGCCGUUGAACCUAAGAGCGCCAGACUCGUCCACGCACUCGAUGACGCUCUCUUGGACACCACCCAUUAGGUUGACUCCGAUGAAGUACAAAGUGUCGUUCGACGCUGUGAAGGAGUUUGUGGACUCGCAGGGUAUAACGCAGACGCAGAUUGUGCCGCGUCGUCAGAUUCUGCUGGAUCCUCAAGUAACGAGCACGACGAUAAAUGAGUUGCAGCCGUUCACGACUUACAGCGUCAACGUGAGCGCCGUACCGCGCGACUCUCAAUACAGACCACCGGCUAAAAUCACAGUUACUACGCAAAUGGCUGCGCCUAAGCCGAUGGUGAAGCCCGAUUUCUACGGCGUGGUGAACGGCGAGGAGAUCCAAGUGAUUCUGCCGCAAGCCUCCGAGGAGUACGGCCCGAUCUCGCAUUACUAUUUAAUCGUCGUGCCCGAAGAUAAGAGCACUACCGAUAAGCAACCGGACGAAUUGACCGAGGACAUGAUCACGGGAAAAGGUGCCAAGCAAGAGAGGGAAAACGCACCUUACAUCGCGGCCAAGUUUCCCCACAGGGAUAUUCCGUACACGUUCCACUUGGGAAGCGGAGAUAUCUACGAGGGAUACGAAAAUCGAAAACUCGUCAAGAACAAACGGUACAGGAUAUUCGUACGGGCCGUAGUCGACACUCCGCGAAAGCAUUUGUACACGUCGUCACCAUUUUCCGAGUACUUGUCUUUGGACAUGAGAGAAGUACCUCCCGGCGAGCCGCCGCGUCGACCAAACCCCAACACACCCCCGGAUGGAAACCCAGAGGUGUCCGUGAAAACUAGCGGUCAGGAACCGGGCAUGCUGUGGGUAGUUGGUCCUAUAAUAGCGGCACUAAUGGUCAGCGUCUGCUUCGUGCUCUUAUUCGUCAUUAAGAAACGGAGGCAACCUUGCAAAGCGCCGGAUCAAGCGGCUGUUACGCGGCCGCUCAUGGCAGCGGAUAUUAGCUCCAAUCACGCACCUUCCGAUCCAGUAGAGAUGCGACGAUUGAACUUCCAAACUCCUGGCAUGAUCUCGCAUCCGCCGAUACCUAUCAGCGAAUUGGGCAAUCACAUCGAACGCUUAAAAGCGAACGACAAUCUAAAGUUCAGUCAAGAAUACGAGUCGAUAGAACCGGGCCAACAAUUCACGUGGGACCACUCCAAUAUGGAAGUGAACGCGUCGAAGAAUCGUUACGCUAACGUGAUCGCGUACGACCAUUCGCGGGUCAUCCUUCAGACUGUCGACGGCAUGCCCGGUUCGGAUUACAUCAACGCGAAUUACUGCGAUGGCUACAGGAAGCAGAACGCCUACGUGGCUACGCAGGGACCGUUGCAGGAAACUUUCGGGGACUUUUGGCGCAUGUGCUGGGAAUUGCGUACCAGCACAAUCGUGAUGAUGACAAAGUUGGAGGAAAGAACGAGGAUAAAGUGCGAUCAGUACUGGCCUACUCGGGGUUCCGAGACAUACGGUCAAAUGACGGUGACUAUCAGCGACGUGCAAGAAUUGGCGACCUAUUGCAUCCGCACGUUCCAAGUUUGCCGGGUGGGCUAUUCCGAACGACGGGAGAUCAAGCAGCUGCAAUUCACCGCCUGGCCGGAUCACGGAGUGCCGGAGCACCCCGCACCAUUCUUGCAAUUCUUACGUAGAGUCAGGUCCCUCAACGUGCCCGACAGCGGACCGCUGGUGGUGCAUUGCAGCGCUGGUGUGGGAAGAACCGGCUGCUUCAUCGUGAUAGACUCGAUGCUUGAGAGAAUUAAACACGAGAAAAUGAUAGAUAUUUACGGACAUGUGACGUGUCUGCGCGCUCAGAGGAACUACAUGGUGCAAACGGAGGAUCAGUACAUCUUCAUACACGACGCCCUGCUCGAGGCGGUGAUCUGCGGCAAUACCGAAGUACCGGCGAGGAAUCUACACUCUCACAUUCAGAAGCUCAUGCAACCGGAGAUCGACAACAUAACCGGAAUGGAGCUGGAGUUUAAGAAGCUCUCCAACAUCAAGGCCGAUUCGACCAGAUUCAUAUCCGCGAAUCUACCAUGCAACAAGCAUAAGAAUCGAUUGGUACAUAUUUUGCCUUACGAGUGCACCAGAGUGUGCCUGCAGCCGCAGCGUAACAUCGAGGGAUCCGACUACAUAAACGCCAGCCUGAUCGACGGCUACCGCUAUCGAGGAGCUUACAUAGCGACGCAGGGUCCUUUGUGCGACACCACGGACGACUUCUGGCGUAUGCUGUGGGAGCACAACUCCACGAUCGUCGUGAUGCUGACGAAACUGAAGGAGAUGGGCAGGGAGAAGUGCCAUCAGUACUGGCCGUCCGACCGAUCCAUCCGUUACCAGUGCUUUGUCGUUGACCCGAUCGCGGAGUACAACAUGCCACAGUACAUAUUGCGCGAAUUCAAAGUGACGGACGCGCGCGACGGCGCGAGCCGCACGGUUCGGCAAUUCCAGUUCAUCGAUUGGCCAGAACAGGGUGUCCCCAAAUCGGGUGACGGUUUCAUCGACUUUAUCGGCCAAGUGCACAAGACGAAGGAACAAUUCGGCCAAGACGGGCCGAUCACCGUGCACUGCAGCGCAGGUGUCGGCAGGACGGGUGUCUUUAUCACACUUAGCAUCGUAUUGGAACGAAUGCAGUACGAGGGUGUCGUCGACAUUUUCCAGACCGUGAGAAUAUUGCGCACGCAACGCCCGGCUAUGGUACAGACCGAGGAUCAAUAUCAGUUCUGCUAUCGGUCUAGUUUGGAGUAUUUAGGCUCUUUCGAUCAUUACGCCAACUGACAAGUCGACUCUCGCGAGCAGAGGGAUCUGUCGAGGGAUAAACGGCAGCGGGGCGAGAGAGAUAUCGAGAGAGCAAAAGUACGACGUGUCUAGUACAAUAAAGUCGUGUGACAUACCUUCCAAGGACAAAUACAGUAGAAACGCGAUUACUAGUGUCAUGAAAACAGGCAGUUAAACAUAGAGGCGAAACGAUUUAGUCAAUGAUGUUGCAGUAAAUUGCAAGAUUCCAUGCUGGAAAUUUUCACUCUUUACGACACGGCAGCGUGAGUCGCGUGCCGAGAGAAGAUGAUCUAAAUCUUCUCUGUAGAGGUUAGAUUUCGAAAGUUCCCUCGCAGUGCAGCGAGUCAAAACUGCCGCCGCCGCUUAGAAAUACGUACAAUGCGCGCGUGGUUGUACGAACGAUCGCAUCGUACGUACCUACGUUCCUCGUACGUAGACACACAUACGAUGUUCUUUUCUGUUUACACGAGCCUCGCUCGUCAAAACGAAGCGGACCCUUCAUUUCUAGAUGUUCUCUCUCACGUUCGAGAAACUCUCACUGUCGAGUACGACGAUGUAAUCAAAAUUGUGGGACGGAUCAUCCACAUGUAGGACUCACAUUUUGCGAUUUAGUGAAUUGGAACAUAUCCCAUAUCGUCGAAUCGUUCAUUCGUAAAAGAAACAAAAAAACAAGGAAGACACACUUUUUAAUCUCUAGAUAAUCUAAUUUUAAGAUAGACUGAAAAAUAUUACGACCAUAUCUCUCCCGCUCGAAAUAGCUCGAAUAGCGCGUUACGUAUUUUUUCGUGCAUGGGGUACCUCUUACAAACUGAGACAGCGAAGAUCAAACCUUUCCUGUUUAUUGAAGAUAAGAGUGCUUCCUUCAGUAGCGAUUGCGUAGAGGAACGAAAGUGUAUUGAUGUCUGAAGUCUAUGUAUGUGAGAGGAAGACAGGGUACCGAAAUGCACGAUUGACUGCGUGUAUGCGUGUGAAGCGCACAUCGUGCGCUUACAGCGAGAAUUCGUUGUGCAUGGCACGUUUCACAAGCACUGAUUAAGGAAAGAAAACAGAUUGAGAAAUCAAUCCAGUGACUUUCCUUAGCUACUGAUAAAGAAGAAGCAAGAGAAAAAGAUAAACAGGCAGAGAGAAGGAAAGAGAGAGAUGAAAAUUUCCGCUCACAAGAAACAAGAAAAUUGCCAUACUGCCAAAUUGACAAUUAUUAAUGCUGUACUCAUUAUGAACAGUAGGGAUCUUCUCAUUACCUAUUAUAAUGUUAGAUAGAUCUUAUAAGAAAAUUGUUUUAAGAUUAGAGAUUAAGCGAUGCCACUAGGGAAAUGAAAUGAUGAUGAAAAUGACUCGAGUGAAAGAAGGAUGAAAGGAAACGGUGCCUAUAUUCAAUGAAAGGUGCGCACGUGAAUUUGUGCACACUUCUAGGAAGAAAAAACAAGAGAAAAUUAAUUUAAAUAGGAGCACUGUAUGUUGAAUUCGUGUACUGUUCUUCCGAGCCCUCGACGCCCUCAUGUACAAAGUUCCAACGUAGCUUCUACCUCGAGUACGCUAUAUCUUUCGAAUUCUGUGUAUCGAGAUAGACAGUUCGCCGCAAGUUCGAUUUUCUCCGCAUCAUCAUUUUGCGUCAUCACUUGGCUCAUCGAAUGUUUCACAUCGAUAUUUAUACCGAAAAAUAUUUACGCUUACGUUGGUUCACCGACACCUGUGUGUAGCGUACGCUUUUACGAUUUCAAAUACGAGCCAAAUCAAUGCCAAAGCGCUCAUUUCAAGGAUAACGCUACGCGCGUGAUACAGCUAUUAUUGUGAGAGGCGAUCGAUUCAAGUAUUUUUACAAUGUCAUGUACUUGUAAUAUAAUUUUUUUAGAAUCGCCAAGAAGUAAUUCUUCUCGCAAUGUAAAAUACUCGGUUUACAACGGCAAUGAGUUUGGACACACUUAUAUCGUUUGAUUUAAAGUAGCAAACUUUUUCAAACCGCGAGGACAAUAAUCGUGCGUUCGUCUACAUCUUCUAUAUUGCUCGAAAACCGGACCGUACGUACGUUUGGUAUGACAAUUCGUCUCGUCGCUAAUGUUGCAAAAAAUAAAUAUCCCAACUUUAGAUUACGUAAGAUAUUUGUGCGAUAACGAACGCGACGUCGCCUCGAAAGUGAUAGCGCUCGAAAAGUUUAUCAAAAAGGAAUUUAUCUUACUUGUUCACUUGGUUGCAAUAAUUCCGCGAAAUGCAAAAUAUGGUUGAGACACGCCUGUGUAUCGUCGCAUUCCACAACAGCACUUCCAUGAUUUCGUACUUUUUUGUGUACCCCCUUUUUACGUUGAAUUCGAGUGGUUCGAGGGUCAGGAACUGUGACUAAAUGUACAUAAAAAGCACCGUCUGUCAUUAGCAACAUUAUAUAAAUAUAUACAUAUAUAAAUAUAUAUAUAUAUAUAUAUAUAUAUAUAUAUAAAAUGAUGAAUAAUAUAUACAUAGAUAUAUAAAUAUCGUAAAAAAAAAGAUGCGAGUGCGCAUAAGAAUGUGCAAAUAUUAUGCAAAACACAUACACACACACACACACACACACACACACACACACACACACACACGUUUCCAGAGAGUAUCGUGUUAAGUUUUAAGUGAGAAACGCGUUGCGUAAUCUACUCGUAAUACUUAAACUCCCCUUCAACACCUUUUACUUACGAUUUUACACCUUUUUGAUAUUAUUUUUUUAAUUGUGUGCUUUUUUUAAAUGAUGUUUUGUAGCGUAAUCGUUUUCUUUCGAUAGGGACGUACUUCUACGCAACGCCUUCGUGCAAAAUAUUGCUUUCUGGACUGAAUACAUAAUUCCGGGAGAGUCGUUUAUUCGCUUUAUUGUCGAGGUACUUCUUGUUUUGUCGUCAAACUGAGGGCCAUCAUGUAUAGCAUUUACUACUAUCUAUAUUUUCUCGUGCUUGUGUGAGAGUACUUAAUUUAUUCUAUUACUGUCAAAAUGGCAUAAUUAUACCAGUGAUAUACACGUUAAAUUUCCCACUGCCCAAUAAAUCGUUCGUAAAUAUGGCAUUUAUAACUAAUUUCUAAUUUAAUGAUAAUUAUUAUAUCGCUACUAUGCUUGUAACAAUAAUGAUAAUGUUAGUCGAUAAACGUGAUUCUACAAUUUUUGUUUUAUGUCUAGAAUUUUAAUGUACGAUAUCUUAAUUUUGCACUAACGUUUUUAAGUUACCACGCUAAGUGUUUCUGGAACACAGUCGGCAGCGAGAUGCGACUCAUUACGAUUCAAUAAUGUUUGGCCUUCAGUGUAACCACAUGCAUCUGUUUACUUUAAUGUGCAGCGUUUUACUUUUUUAAGAGAAAGUGUAUAUUUAUACAAUAUUUUCUUUCCACGGAAUUAUUUCUUUUCUCGUCGAUUUGAUUUAUGUAUUUGUUACUUUAGUACAAUUUAUGUUCAAUGUAACAAGCGUUCUCAAAUCGAUUAGGUCGCGAUCACUUUAGUGAAGAGGGAUUCUUCCAUGGCGUCUCUUUCUUUCUUUGAGUACACAUAAUUUAAAAGACUGUAAUUGGUAUUCAAAGAUUCUUAAAGCAGGCUCACACAUUCCUCGAAAAAAAUAUCGCUAAUGAGACGUUACACGCAGCGUAUGACUGGAUAAUGUUUGUUAGCUCUCUUACGAUAUACGACUGAAAGCGCUAAACACGAAACUCAAAACAAUGCGUUAAAGACAUUUAGGAUAAGAAUGAGUGAUAUUUUCAAGAUUAUAUGUUGUACACAUCGGGAAGCUUCAUCUGUAAAUAAUACUGACUUGUUUCCAUUGAGAUGUUUUCGUCCGAUUCUUCGAUGCACAUUAUGCGUAAUUCAUCAAUUGAUUCAUAGUUUUACGAUAUACAGCUAAACCAUUUUGACUGCUGUUUUUCGGCGAAAUAGUUCCUCUCGCCAUAUGGAAAUAUUUCUCGAUAAGGAGACCAUUAGCUUUUCUCGAUUGUAAAAGUCGGAAACGCCCUGUACACAUUAUGAUUUAUAUUAUAACAUUCUUACACGAAAGAGAGAAAUUAAAGACUUUGCUAAAAAGUAAUUUUUCGAAUCGUCAUUAUAGACACUCAUCUGUAAGGUUUUCUCAUUAACGUUCAUCCCCCAGCGAUAUAGCAAUGUGUAAAGAAACAAUUAAGUUGUAAUAGCGCGAAACUCGACCUUCAUGGAAAAAUUGCUCGACUUUGAGAUUUCGAUGUAAUUACUACGAACCUAUGUAUUUUGCCAACUUUCUUGAUGGCUUCACGUUUCAAGUUCCAGGCUAAAAUACGUUACGCGCGAGAAACGAAAUUAUAAAUUAUUGUAUAAAUAUACUACUAGUUAUAAGUUGGUAUCGUUAAUCUAUACUCACUAAAAUUUAUCACUACAAGGAAGUCCACGAUAUUCGUACAUUUAUAUUAAUAACAUACUAAUAAUUGUAAUGUUACUAAGUUUUUUGUAUCAUUCCAGAACUUUCGUAUACGUUGUACUUUGGUAGCGUGUCCCUCGUUAGUCUUUAUAAUUUUUUAUGACGUGAGAUGUAUAGAGCAAUAUGUGGUUUGUUGUAUUCUUCUUCUUGAAAAAAAAAAAAAAAAACGUACACAACUCGCGUCUUCGGAGCGGUUUUGAUAAUGUAAUGAAAUACAAUCGGCUACACGUUAGCUCCGUGCAAUAUAGCGAGUUCAUUACUGUGUAUAAGAUCGCCUCAAAUUCAUCUGCGGAUGAAUCAGCAGAGUGGCCCCGCGGUCGCGUGCGCUCGCACGAAUCCGAAGAAGAAUAUGAAUUUAAAAGCAAAGAAUAAGUCAAAUACUAAAUAUCGUUGAAAGAAUGGGAAAUUAUUUUGUGAUACUUUCUUGCCAGAAAGAAUACAACAGGCUGAGGUAAACAUGAAUAAAAAUGCAAUGUUACUAAUUAACAACUAUACAAAAUAAAUAUUGUGUAAUAGGAAGAGUCUGUUGACAAGGAAAAAAUACCGUGUACAUUAUGUAUUGCCUUGCGGCAUCAAUAAACUAGUACUAACGUAACAGGA